AUGCAGACAAGACUAUUGUUUACAGUUGUUAUAUUCCUCUUCAUAUUUUGGGAUGUGUCAAAUUGUGCUUCUAACAUCAAUGCAGAAGACUCCAGAGCAGACAAUUUUGUACGGAAAUCUUAUGCUCCCAAAUUUCUCUCAAGAGCUCGACGUGUUGGAAGGAGUGGAGGAAUGAGGAUGGGCCAUGGAGGUGGAGGAAUGAUGGGUCAUGGAGGAGGAAUGAGGAUGGGUCAUGGAGGCGGAGGAAUGAUGGGUCAUGGAGGAGGAAUGAGGAUGGGUCAUGGAGGCGGAGGAAUGAAAGGAGGAAUGAUGGGUCAUGGAGGAGGAAUGAGGAUGGGUCAUGGAGGCGGAGGAAUGAAAAUGGGCUAUGGCGGUGGUGGAAAAGGAGGGAUGAUGAGUCAUGGAGGUGGAGGAAUGAAGAUGGGUUAUGGUGGUGGUGGAAAAGGAGGGAUGAGGAUGGGUCAUGGUGGUGGAGGAAAAGGAGGGAUGAGGAUGGGAGGAAGGAAAAAAGGGUAAUAAUGUUGGAAAAACUUUAACUAAAACCAAACUGUCAUUU